AUGCCAGAAACAUUUGACGUGGACUAUGUCCUGUCCACUAUUAGCGAGUCAGACAAGAUUGCACUUUUAUCCGGUAUUGUUGAUUUUCUCUCCAACGAAGAUCUCCUGGUCCCCGCGCAGUCGUCUCGCGCAACCUCGCUAACAGACCCAUUCUUAGGGAUCGAUUUUUGGCACACACAUCCCGUGCCAGACCUCGGCGUUCCCUCCAUCCGGGUCACAGAUGGACCAAAUGGAAUUCGAGGGACAAAGUUUUUCGCCGGGAUCCCCGCCGCGUGUUUACCCUGUGGCACCGCCCUGGGUGCCACCUGGGAUCGAGAUCUCAUCUACAAAGCGGGAGAAUUGCUAGGUGAGGAGUGCAUCGCCAAAGGGGCGCACUGUUGGCUGGGUCCCACGAUCAACAUGCAACGCGCGCCAGUGGGUGGUCGUGGGUUCGAAUCUUUUGCGGAAGAUCCUCAUCUCUCGGGCAUACUGGCAAAGUCCAUCAUUCUCGGCUGUGAAAGUAAAGGCAUUGUCUCGACUGUCAAGCACUUUGUGGGCAACGAUCAAGAACAUGAACGUCGUGCGGUGGAUGUGCUUGUAACCCAGCGCGCGCUACGAGAGAUCUACUUACGACCAUUUCAAAUUGUGGCUCGCGAUGCAAAACCUGGGGCGAUUAUGACAUCUUACAAUAAGAUCAACGGAAAGCAUGUGGUGGAAGAUGAACGCAUGCUCCGCUUGAUCCGCGAGGAAUGGAAAUGGAACCCGCUGGUCAUGAGCGAUUGGUAUGGAACCUACACCACCGUCGAUUCCAUGAAUGCUGGGUUGGAUCUAGAGAUGCCGGGCCCGUCUCGAUAUCGCGGAAAAUAUAUCGAGUCGGCCGUGCAAGCUCGCUUGAUCAAGCAAUCCACCAUCGACGCCAGAGUGCGGAGAGUGCUGGAAUUUGUCAAGCGAGCGAGCCGGGUCCAAGUGUCUCAGGCGGAAAAGGGUCGUGACCUCCCCAAAGACCGAGCAUUAAAUCGAAAACUGUGUACGAGCAGUAUCGUUCUCCUCAAAAAUGAAGGCAUCUUGCCUCUGCCACAGAACAUCACGAAAAUUGCGUUGAUCGGAUCGCACGUCAAGACACCCGCCAUCUCAGGGGGAGGAAGCGCCUCCCUCAAGCCCUAUUAUGUUGUCUCGGUCUUUGACGCAUGUGAGGAAACACUUCCUCAUGUGCAGGUGCUUUAUGAGCCAGGCGCAUACGCACACAAAAUGCUUCCCGUGAUCGACCGCCUCCUCAGCAAUGCGGCCAUCACCUUCUACAAUGAACCAGUGGGCCAGGAGCGACAUCUGAUCAGCACGGGGCCUGUAACGACCACGGCCUUUCAAUUCAUGGAUUACAAUGCUCCUGGUCUGAACAGAGGUCUGUUCUGGGCUACGCUGACUGGUGACUUCACGCCGGAUGCAUCCGGAUUCUGGGAAUUCGGGUUGAGUGUCUUUGGCACAGCCAAUUUCUACAUUGACGACGAGCUCGUGAUCGAGAACACAACGAACCAGACACGGGGAACGGCAUUUUUCGGAAAAGGAACCGUUGAGGAACGAGGAUCCAAGGAGCUGGUAGCGGGCACGACUUACAGAAUUCGAAUCGAGUUCGGGUCCGCCAACACGACGACAAUGAAGACGGUCGGAAUGGUGAACUUUGGAGGUGGAGCGGCCAAUCUGGGAGCCUGUCUUCUCAUAGAUCCAGAGACCAUGAUUGCAAAAGCCACAGAGGCUGCUAUGGAGGCCGACUAUUCAAUCAUAUGCACAGGACUCAGUCAGGACUGGGAAUCGGAAGGAUUUGAUCGUCCGCACAUGGAUCUUCCACCAGGUGUUGAUCGGUUGAUCACCAGUGUCCUUGAUGUUGCUGCGGAGAAGACUGUCGUGGUCAACCAGUCUGGUACGCCGGUGACCAUGCCGUGGGCCAGCAAGGCCCAGUGUAUCGUGCAAGCUUGGUAUGGAGGGAAUGAAACCGGUCAUGGAAUCGUUGAUGUGCUCUUUGGCGCAGUCAAUCCUUGCGGAAAGUUGCCCUUGUCAUGGCCUGUAGACCUGCGUCAUAACCCAGCAUAUCUCAACCACGUCAGCGUCGGCGGUCGUGUGUUGUACGGCGAAGAUGUCUACGCAGGCUAUCGCUUCUACGAGAAGACCGGUCGAGAGGUGCUGUUUCCAUUUGGUCAUGGCCUGUCCUACACGACCUUCCAGGUCUCAGCGAACGUGUCUGUCAGCCCUCAGACUUAUGAGAUGGAUCAUCCGUCGGUCGCAAGCGUCCGUAUCGAAAACAUCGGUCUCUCGGCGGGAGCUCAAAUUCUUCAGCUCUACGUUGCGGCCCCUGAUUCGCCGACACCGCGUCCAUCCAAGGAGUUGCAUGGGUUCGAAAAAGUUUUCCUUGAGCCCGGCGAGGUGCAGACAGUGGACCUCCAACUCGAUCGGUAUGCCACGAGUCUCUGGGAUGAGAUAGAGGAAAUGUGGAAAAUUGAACAGGUCGCGCGAUCGUACGGAAUGGACAAUUCACCCGCGGUUCGGACACGCAAGCAUACGCGGGUGCUCACCGCGUGCCACGCUUGUCGGCUCAGCAAGACACGAUGUGACUCGGCGAGGCCAGAGUGUGCCAAAUGCAUGCAGCGUGGAGUAGCAUGCGAGUAUCCAGACAAGGAUGCCAUCUCAGUAUUAGAAACAUGGGGCGCUCGAAUCUUGGAUGCGGUAGAGCGUCAAGAGCGACUGUUGUUGGCAAACCUGGUGUCCAGUAAAGGGCAGGCCUUGGCUACACAGCUGGCGUCGCCAUCGUCAAUAGAAGAUGUAGAUCCUGAAUCCAUUUCUCGCAACGAUGCGCCCAAAACCCCCAUCACAGGGUCCGACAUGAUUCUCAGUUGGCCCAUCUUUCCAAAGGACAAGCCCGUGUCUACCUUCCCUAUCACUGCUCACUCGGAGAAGCCAGAUCGCUUCCCACCCUCUCUCCCUAAUCUCGAGCCGCAAAGACUGCUUGAACUACGAAACAUCUUUAUGACCAAAGUCUGGACCAAAAACCCAAUCAUAGACGUGGAGCAACUUGAUUAUUACAUCAAUCGAGUGCUAGGAAAAGGAUUCGACUGGUCAGCGUCGUCGUGUUUGUUGUUGCUCGUCUUUGCUCUCGCAGCCAUUUGGGGGAACUACCCGGAUGACGAGACUCGUGAAGUUCCAUACAACGAGGCGACCUUCGGUCAGCCAAUAGCAUAUGUGACCAUUGCAGUGCCGGAAGAGCGAAUGAAAGAAUCGCUGGCGUUCGUCUCAAUGGCACGACAACGUCUAUACACGGCCUUUCUGGAUGACUCCUUGUUGGGCGUGCAAUGUCUUUGCUUAUUUGGCAUCUGGUACCAGUAUAACAUUGAGCCCAUUGAGGGCUGGAAAAUGUUUCGAGCAGCGUCUAUGCUCUGGCAGACAUAUCGCCUGAAGUAUCAAGAAGCAAGACCUGACAGGAGCGCGCAAGAAGAGAGUCAGUACUCGACGCCUCGUAUAUGCAUUCAAACGCCUUUUUCUAAUGCAGAACAGGUUUGGAGCAAAGACUUUAUUGGACGUGUCUCAAGUCAGAAUGGUGCGUUUCCCCACACAUGGGCGGUUCGACACAUCUGGACGUCCAAGGUGCAGCAACUAACCGGCUAUAGCGAGGUCCGUUAUGAGCUGACAGACCUUCCACCGUGCGAGCUAAGCCUCGCCGACUUCCCUCAUGCUCUUCCCAGCUUCCCCGUGAGGCACCCAGCCAGUAAUACUCACGGAUGGACCACUUCGAGCUUGCCAACCACGGACUCCGAGGCAACCUCCUCCUACUAUUUUUUGUCGGAGAUCUUCUUACGCCGACUGCUGAACAGAAUCCGUAAUGCAGUCUGCGUGCUCUCUCCGGAGAUUGAUGGCUCAUCUGUUCAGGCCUUAGUGAAUACAUUGACACAACUGGAAGGCCAACUGCGGCAAUGGGUAGAUUGCCUUCCACCUUCCCUUCGAUUUGACAUGCCGUUGGAAUCCCCACCACGGCUUCACGAGGAGGAACUCAUGAAGCUGGCUCGAGAGCGAUAUGUCGAGGUCCGUGAACUGCUCUGUCGCGUGUACUUGUACCUGUGUAUCCACGUGUCCCUGGAGCCAGAAAUGGCAUCUUUGUAUGGAGCCAAAGCAAGCGAAUCGCUUCAGCUGUCAGUGUAUCGCAUUCGACACGAGGUGCCCUUCUUUAGGCAUCCGGGGUCUUGGGGCGCGUGUCGGGUACGCUUCAACCAUGCACUUUGCCUGAUUGCAGGAUUUCGUGCCAAGCUGAUGCGGUGUCCUUCGGCUGAAUACGUGGAAAUCCCCCCUGACUGGGCUGAUUGCGUGCGGGAGGUGAUAACGCGACUCAAGAUUUGGGGUAACGAGGGCGGCGGGAUCAAGGAACUUAGCGAGCUACUGGAAUGGCUCAUGACAAUCCAUAGCUUCUUGGGAUUGUAG